AUGCAUAUUAGUGUUAUAGCAAAAGUGGUUGGCAGUAUUGCUCUUGCAUCUCAUGGCGUUGUGGCGGUCAGCUCUACAGAUUACACGCAGGUUAUGCCGAUAGCACUGACUCGAUCUUUUGAAGGAUGGGGGACAUCGCUAGGUUGGUGGGCCCAGUUUGCAGGUCGUCUUUCAACCUGUAAGCAUCAGGCGCUUAUGGAUCUGAUAUUUUCUCGUACAAAAUAUCCCAGUCUCGGUCUCAAUAUUAUUCGUUACAAUAUUGGUGGGUCUCCACCCACAGCUGCUGAUGGCACUACACCAGCCGAUCCACUUCUUACGCAGCACAAGGGGGUUGCAGCCUUUCAAACUUCUCCCAAUGUCUGGAACUGGAAUGCAGAUAUGUCUCAACGCCGAAUCGCUAUUCAGGCGCAGCAAAUGGGUGUAAAUAUUGUUGAAGCCUUUUCCAACUCUCCUCCUUGGUGGAUGACGAUUUCUGGAACAUCGCGAGGAAACUACAAUGGAGAAUAUCUUGCGAUUGUGGUCAAGACGCUUCGUGAUAAAGAUGGAAUCAAUAUUACUUCAAUUGAGCCAUUUAAUGAGCCCAAUGUGAUGUGGUGGCAAGCCUCGAGAACUAAUUCUCAACAAGAAGGCUGCACGUAUUUACCUCGUACGCAAGCCUCUUUUAUCCCAAUACUAAGGUCUGCCAUAGACAGCAGUGGACUCACUGGAAAGGUUGGGCUCACUACUGCGGAUGAGUACGCUUACAACUGGUCGCUUUUUAAUUUAAAUGGAGGAACCGGAUAUGGAGAGAGCGCCAAGGCAAACGUACAUGGAUAUGGAUACUCGACUGACCAAUCAUGGAGUCUUACUCGACAACAAUGGCGGGCGGCAGUUCCGAAAAGUGUGACUCGCACUUGGAUGUCGGAAUGUGGAGGUUUCGGACAGACUUCGAGUGGUAUUAUUGGCAUGGCUAGCAACAUUAUCCUUGACAUCAACAUUGCCCGUGUUAAUGCUUGGGUAUUUUGGCAAGUUUUAGAUGACAAUCCCGAUUGGACCUUGGUGCUUCCACGAGCUACAUGUCCUAAAUGCGGUGGUCUUGAUCCGAAUACUUUUGAUCCAGUUCCUAGUAAUGGCUUUUAUGGCUUUAUGCAAUUCAGCAAUCAUAUCCGUCCAGGCAGUGUGAUUCUUUCCUCGUCCCGCUCAAGCGAUCUUGAUCCCUGCAUAAUAUGUGUUGUUGUGUCUUGGAAUCCCGCCAAAUCUGUUCUCACGAUUGUUGCUGUUAAUUCUGAUCCCGCUAUCAACUACAUGCACACAUUUGAUUUAUCAAAAUUAGCUGGCGUGUCUAGCAAUACACCCAUGCUGGCGUAUCGUACAGCUGUUGGUCAAAACGAGCUGCAUAAACAAGUGGCGAAUCCAGUUGGAACAAGCAAAGGGACGUUUAGUUAUUCUCUUCCAUCCAUGAGUAUCACUACGUUCCUGCUGAGCGGCGUUACAGUGAAAUUAUAG